AUGGACUUGACCGAAUUGUCGAUAGUUACGAAAAUUAAUGAAGACUUCCUUAAUUCUCAAAUAACUGAAACAGAUCUUUUCUACUUGGAGGAUGAAGAACUUGCAAGGGAACUAGUUGAACUGGGGUAUCGGGGUACUAGUGAAAUUAUAAAACGUGAAGAAUUCAUAAAAAAGAAAGACGAGCUUGCCGCCUUAGCAGAGAAGAGAAAAGUGGCAAAAAACCGAUAUUUAAUACACACUACAAACUUCUUAGCUCUACCUUUUAGCAAUAUCAAUAAACCAGCAUGUUUUUUCCCGCAAGCUAUUUUUCAGUAUAAUCGCGAAUUUUACAACCAUGAAGGAAUUAUUAUCACAGAACCUGGUUUGAUUGCUUUGGCUGCUAGAGAGGAGUCAAAUAGACGAGGGAACUUAUCAACGAUUAUAUUUAUUCGUCACACAAACGCGAAAGGCCAGGAAAUUUCAGGUUAUGUGGACUAUGCGCAUCGUUUGAAAAGUGAGGAUUUUGUCCCUUACUUUUCUGGUAAAAAGAAGCUUUUGCCACGUGUGGGAGAUUUAAGCUUUUACAAUUGGGAAUCUCAACAUGUAUCAUCCACUUCGACACCAAAUUAUAUUGUCAUUGCAGACAACCCAAGUGGUUUACUUUUCAAAAAUAAAAGGGAUAGAAAACUUAUUAUUAUUGACCCCUGGGUGAGCGAAAAACAUAAACUAAUGAACUUCGCUCACCGCAUCAUAAUACAGUAUACCACUGUUCACAAACAUUGCUACUUCAUAAAAGUCAAGGUGAAAGUUUUGUUUUCCUUAAAGAUAAUGUGCAAUAGUUGGCAAUUUUUCAAUUUCAUAAUCGUGAAUUCUUCGUUGUUAGAUCUCAUACAUGCAAAGUGUGCCAUAUAUUUAGAUGAAAAAUGGUAUUACAGACUAAAAGAGAGCUCUCAAAAUUUAGUUCUUACUUAUUUUCCAUUGCAGAAACAACCAUUUUAUGAAUUGGUUACGAUUAUUUGCAAAAUGACUUAG